ACGAAAAUCGUUACAGUUUGUGUGCGUGUGUGUGUGUAAUAGAGAAUGUCCUGUCCUUCCACUCCACCUUGCCUGACCACAGUGACCAGUGGAAAACUCCACUGUUUCUUUCCCUACCUCCAUUAGAGCAUUAGUGAUCCCAAGAUGCCUUUCUCAGCUGUUAUCGCCUACCCUGGGAUAGCCUGGCAACAAGUCAUCCCUCAACCCCUCCCACUCCCUCCCGGCCAGCCUAGACUGUUUACUCUCUCUGGGGGUUAACAUUUAACAUUUAUACCGGAGCACCACAGCUGACUACAUCAUCAGAGAUUGUGGACAGCAACCUUCCCAAGUUACUUGGCACUUUGGCUGGCAAACCUUUGAAGUGAAUUGUACGAUGGGACCUCGGACAGCUGUCACUCCAUCUAAGGAAAGAAAGAUGGUGUCCGGGGGGCAAGAUAACAGUUUUAGUAGUGGCAACAGCGGGUAUUGUAACAGAGGUCCCAUGCUUAGCCCUACCUCACCUGUGCUGUCAAACCCCAAAUCAGUGCUAAAGAGACAUGUAAGUCCAGAGGAGCUUCGGAGACCAGGAGGUUCAUACAUAAAGAGGACGUUUACAAUUGUGGGUGAUGCGGUGGGCUGGGGCUUCGUGGUCAGGGGGAGUAGACCAUGUCAUAUCCAGGCAGUGGACCCCAGUGGCCCUGCAGCAGCAGUAGGAGUGAAAGUGCGCCAGUUUGUGGUCUCUGUCAAUGGUCUGGACGUCCUGUCUCUGGACUACAAGACGGUCAGCAACCUCAUCCUCACUGGAUCGCGGACCGUGGUCAUGGAGGUUAUGGAGGAGUCUGAUUGCUGAGGAUGAGGUUGUAUUGUAUUCGGUUACAGUCAACUUAAGGCCUCAGUAACCCAUUGGCUCUUGGUGGUCGAAAGCUUAAGAGUAAGAAUGUGGACUGUAUUGGCCGAAAUAAAUCCAUAGAUACCUUAUGACCUUGAUAUGGAGCCAAAUGGACUUAGCUACAUGAUGGACUUGAGACGCGGGGUCACAGCAACAGAAACCUGACGAGCCCCACUGUGAAGCCGCGUGUGUGCUUACAUCAUCAGUCUGAGACUCUGGCCAGUGUUCUGUGGUUAACAUGGAUACUGCUUGUGUUUUUUUUGCUCUCCCACAGCAGUUUAGACUUUUGACCUGUGCGCCUGCUGUUUGCUUUUCCACCCACUCCCUCGUUUGCUCCAAUGGAGGGUUCCUUCCUAGAAAGACAAGUACUUAGGGUGUUGUUGAUUAAGUGAGGUGGCACAUAUUGUCAACAACACCGCACUUUGUGACGUGGCAGAGGUGUUUUUGAGAGCAGAAUAAUUUAUUUCGAUGAUUUAGCUUUGCAUUUUGCUUGGAAUAUGUUUGGCAUUGAAUGCUAAAGUUUGGUAGUGGGAGUAACCUUGUAUUCAUAUUGGACUGAAAAUAGCACAAUACUGUCAAACUGCAGAUCACAUACUUUCUGGCAGCAUAAAAAGGCUUGGAUGUCAUCUUGGUUUCUGAUUCCACUGCAAUAUUUUUUGGAAACCCACAAUACUGAUAAAAGUUCAAAUAAUCAAACAGUAGUAGCCUAUCAACAUGUUAAUCCUUUUUUUAAAUUGAUUUUGAAACAACAAAUCCGUGUGUUAUGUUAAUGCACAUAGAUAGGUUAUAGCAGUGAUAUUGUGCAUUUUGUCAAAUAUGUCAAGGGUAAUGCAUGAUCACAUAGUCUAACACAAGGUAUAAAGGACCCAAAGCACUAAAGGAGUUGUACUUUCAUAUAGCCAUAUAGCCCGACCCUAUACAUUUGUUAUGGUCAACUUUAAAGGGUAUUAGUGCAGACCAGAACAGCAAAGAGUAUCUGAAUUUGUGUUAGCGUCUGAUCAGUGUGAAAAGAUUUCAAUUAGCCAAUGAAUUAAUAAAAAUAAAGUAAUUUAAUGGAAAAUGUUAGCAAAUGUGUAUUUGAAUCAAUGUUUAUGAUAUUAAAGCAAUAACAUGAUUCAUCACUUGCAAAUAAUCAAUCUUAUUAUUGUUAAAAAUCACGUCAACGGAAGCAAAUUCUUUUAGCAACAUCACCAGAAAAUCAAUAUAAUGGAUAGAAAUGUAACAGCUUCAAUCGAAUAGCAAUAAAGUAAGAGCAUUUAUUGAACCCUGACGGGAACUUGAAACCGCAAUAAAAGUUUAAAUAACCUUGAAGAUCAAGAUCAACAGGAUCAUAUUGGCAUUCCUAGAUUAAGUGGUUAUAAUAUCUGGUCAAGGAGUGUGCAUUGUGCAAUAAAAUCUGUAGAUGGCAUGUGAAUUAUAACAACAUUCAAUCACGUAAAGAGACUAUAUGGCUCUGACCACCAGGUGGCAGUAUGUACCAUAUAUACAACUGAUAUUUCCCAACUGGAAAUAUAUAUAUACAUAUAUUGACUGAAUAUCCAAAUCUCUUUUACAGGCUUUUUACUGUAAAUACCUUUCCAGUACUUUGAGAAGUUGUUUUGUUUGUCAUGUUUGUUUGAUGUCACUUUUGCCACAAUAAUAUUACAAUAAUAAACCACAAGCUGUAUUAUA